CUUCUCUCCCUGGCGACAGCUUCUGACUUGAUCUUUUCUCUCGGCGCUUUUUCUCAUUCUGUUAGGUUUCUCUAUAAUUCCCCCAGAGGUAUCUAGACAAGACCUCCUUGUUGCGAGCACUGCGCCGUGUGAAUUGAGUUUCCUUCGCGCCUUGGCCCGCCGCUCAGCACUGCCGAGAAUAGCCGAGUACGCCCCAGCGCCGCCCGCGCAGUGUCGCCGUCCACAUACUCGCCGUGACCGGGGAGUUUUGUCGCCAGGAUGCCGUCUACCGCAAUGUGCAUGAGGAUUUUGAGGGCGCAUUCCAAAUAUGGAAGUAACCAUGCCGCCCUCCUCGCCCGCUCCUUCUCGUCCACGUCGAGGCGGGCCAAGAUCGACAAGGUGUACCCCUCGGCGGCCGAGGCGCUCAAGGACAUGAAGUCGAACUCGAUCGUGCUCUGCGGCGGCUUCGGGCUCUCGGGCGUGCCGGACACGCUGAUCGACGAGGUGAUCAAGAAGCCCGAGGUCACGGGUCUGACGGCCGUGUCCAACAACGCCGGCACCGACUCGAGCGGACUUGGCAAGCUGCUCAAGACGGGCCAGGUCACCAAGAUGAUCGCGUCCUACAUAGGCGAGAACAAGACGCUCGAGGGCAUGUACCUGAGCGGCAAGGUGGAGCUGGAGCUGACGCCGCAGGGCACGCUGGCCGAGCGCUGCUCGGCCGGCGGGCGCGGCAUCCCAGCCUUUUACACACCCGCCGCCGUGGGCACCGUGGUGCAGACGGGCGAGCUGCCGCUGCGCAACAAACCCGACGGCACCCCCGCCGAGUUCUCGUACCCCAAGGACGUCAAGGUGUUUGACGGCAAGCCGUACCUGCUCGAGCGCAGCAUCGCGGGCGACUACGCCUUCGUCAAGGCCUACAAGGCCGACCGCCUCGGCAACGUGCAGUUCCGGCUCGCGGCGCACAACUUCAACGGCGCCAUGGGCCGCAACGCGCGCUGCACCAUCGUCGAGGCCGAACACAUCGUCGAGCCGGGCGAGAUCCCGCCCGAGGCGGUGCACCUGCCGGGCAUCUACGUCAAGCGCGUCGUGCAGAGCACGGCCGAGAAGCGCAUCGAGAAGGUGACGCUGUCCAAAGAGCCCUCCGCGUCGGCCGCCGCCGGGGACGCGGCCGACAAGGCGACGACGGCAAAGGCGGCGCUGGGCACGGGCGACUCGGCGGCCAAGCGCGAGCGCAUCGUGCGGCGGGCGGCCAGGGAGUUCAAGAACGGCAUGUACGCCAACCUGGGCAUCGGCAUGCCCAUGCUGGCCCCCUCCUUUGUGGGCGACGACGUGACGGUGCAGCUGCAGAGCGAGAACGGCAUCCUGGGCCUGGGCCCCUACCCGCGCGCGGGCCAGGAGGACGCGGACCUGAUCAACGCCGGCAAGGAGACGGUCACGCUCAAGCCGGGCGCGGCCGUGUUCGGAUCCGAGGAGUCGUUCGGCAUGAUCCGGUCGGGCCGCAUAGACCUGACCAUCCUGGGCGCCAUGCAGGUCAGCGCCAGUGGCGACCUGGCGAACUGGAUGCUGCCCGGCAAGGUCAAGGGUUUCGGCGGCGCCAUGGACCUGGUCAGCAACCCGAGCAAGACAAAGGUCGUCAUCACCAUGGAGCACACGGACCGCAAGGGCAACCCCAAGAUCGUCAAGCAGUGCGCCUUUCCGCUGACGGGCAAGGCCUGCGUUUCGAGGAUUAUCACGGAGCUUGCCGUCUUUGAUGUCGACUUUGCCCACGGCCUGACCCUCGUGGAGAUCGCCGACGGCGUCACCGUCGACGAGGUCAAGGCCAAGACCGAGGCGCCUUUCAAGGUGGCAGACGACCUCAAGCCCAUGCUGUAGACUGUGGAAGUCGCAUGGCGGCAAUGAGACCAGGAGUGUGCCACGCACGGCAGACAUCAUGUUGGUGGCGUUCAGCGACGUGUAUUCUGGCUUGUUUCGUUUCCUCCUCGUAGAUGGGACAUGCAAGCAUAUCCCGGCGGCAUUGGUUCAGCGACAGACACGAACAAAGGAAUAUAUACCAAAGAUAUUUACGACCGUA